UAAGGAGGGGCAUUAGCUUCGGCUUCAGGCUUCAGCCGAGUUUCUGGUGCUCGUUCGGCCGAAAGCCGCCGCCGGAACGUAAACUGAACAAGAGCCCCUAUCGAUAUCGACGUUUAAACAAACCGAUUUUCCGGCAUUUUUCCCCAGUGAAAUCGGACCGAUUUGCGGUGAGUGAGUGCCUCCCGUGCAUUAAACGCACUCGAUCGACUGUGGGUUCUUCGGGUUCCAUCCGCAGACACUAUGAAAGCGUGACCCGAAAGCCAACCAGAUCCAGGAUGACUUCCCGCUUUCAGUCAUCCCUGCUCUUUUCCAUCCUGUUGGUGUUUUCCGUUCAGGCGCAGGAAGAUGGUUUCACGUUCGAUACGCCCGAAGAAAUGCACGAAGCCCUGAUGGCACCAAUCAGGCCUCAGUACUAUCCAAACAAUGUCCAAACGGCUGUUGUGGGCAAAGUUUUCCACUAUGCAGUGCAGCAUGGAAAAUCCACACGUGGCUUUGUGGCCAAAGCGCAGAAUUCUAAGUCCGUGCCCUCCUGGCUGGUUUUCAACAAGCACACUGGCUGGUUUUGGGGAGUCCCACUGCCUGGCGACGAGGGCACUUUGCACCUCAAGGUGACCACUCUGGGAGAGGAAACGGCCUCUGAAAUCCUGAAGCUGAGAGUUCUGGAAGAAUCCCCGGAGGCAACUCCGAGCUGCAAGCCAGAGGAAGACAACACCGUCCUCACACUACUGCUGGACAGGCAUCUGCACGCCAUCAAGCCCAAACAGCGAGUUGUCGCCAUCAACAACAUUGCCAAGUUCCUCAGUCUUCCGCAAAGUGCCUUCACGUUCAAGCUUCAAUCGGGCAACGAUGAUAUUACGGACAGUGCAGUGGUUCUGGCGGGUCCAGGAAACAUCCAGACCAGAAUUGGAAGAAAGUCAGGAUCCAGCCUGGAGGUGCCAGUGGGUUGCGAUGGGCGGCUGUGGGAAUCCACAGCGCUUCUGAUCCACAACUUGAAGCAACAGGCCAGAGACGGCACCAUAGCAGAAGUGCUCAGACUGCCGCUGAUUGGAUGGAGAGUUAAGACUGAAACCAAGCCGAUUUUGCGCAACCGAAGGGAGGCCACUGAUAACUUUGGUAGCGGAGACUACGACAACGACUACUACCAAGACUAUGAUGACGAUUACAAUGAAGAAUACGAUGAAGAUGAUCUGGGCGACGUUGAAGCCAAUCCGCCCACAUCCAGCAAGCCAGUCACUUUUCCCAGCACCACUGUUGCCAGGACUUCUACCACGUCAACGACAACCGCUGCGUCCACCACCACCCAUCCUCAUCGCCAUCAUCAUGGUGAGCCCAAAGUCACUGAGGGUCAGUCUGAACCGGUCUUGCCAAUAGAAGAGGCGCUUCCAGAGCAAUCGAGAACAAUCACCCAACCAUCAUUGCCUACAGAACCACCUAAGAGUUCAGGUCCCACACGGAUCGACAUCCUCAAGCCAAGUGAUGAUUUCGAUGUCACCUACGACUAUGAUCAGAACUAUGACGACGAUGAGGACGACGACGACACUGAGGAUGAGGCCAUUGAGAGCGAAACUAUCGUUCCCGAAGUUUCCCGCCAGAUGUUCAAUAAGCCGGUCUUCACACCUGUGGAAAUGGUCCCGACAACGCAGGAAGUCGAUAUUGAAGAAGAUGCAGAGGUGGCAACAUCGGUCCUGCAUGCCUCCACCGCUGUCUACUCCUCCACCCCAGAGGCCCCCACUACUUCCGAGAUCAUUGUGGACGCUGAACCGCCCAUUUACUCUGUGCCAGACACCGCGCCGCCUGAAGAGGGCGCGGCUUCCACUACUACGACCUCCACCACUACCACCAGCACUACCACCACUACCUCCACUACUACCACCUCUAGGCCAGAAAGUCCGCCUCCAUCUAGCACAUCCUACGCAGUCCCCAGCACCUCCGAGGCCACCACGGAGGCGAUAUCGAUUCGUGAAGAGCCGCCAAACACUGAGAAUCCUACCACUGAGCAAGAGGAGAGCAGAGCCACCACCCCUCGCCACGCCCCCAGCACAACCCAAGAAGUUUUCGUCCAAGAAACGACGGAGGCAACGGUGCGGUUUGUUCCAGAGCCCAAAAACACCAAGCCCUACAUUGAGAACCGGCUGCAGCACUCGCAAGUGAUUGCUGGAAAGAUUUUCCGCUUGGAGAUCCCCAAAAACACCUUCAGGGACGCUGAGGAUGGAUACAACCUGACUUUCCAGGUUUUGGAUAGCAAUGGACAGCCCAUCCCCAAAUCCUCCUGGUUGCAGUUCAAUCCAGCCCGUAGGGAGCUGUAUGGGCUGCCUUUGCCAGAUGACGCUUCGCAUUGGGAUUACAUCGUCCGGGCUACGGACAAAGACGGGGCCUAUGAGCAGGAUCAGCUGACUGUGCAGGUUCAGCAGCACCGGCUCGACCGAGUGGUAAACCAUGAGUUUGCAGUGCAUUUGCGCAUCGAAAAGCUCCAGGAAUACCCCCACUAUGUGGACUGGUCCCUGAAGGUUCUGCGAGCUCUCGGCAGGCUCUACAACACCAAUAUGUCGGAAAUCACUGUCCGCUACAUCAACCAUACGAGUGAUCCUGUGGUGUUUGCAUGGUCCAACGACUCCUUGCCCACCAAUUACUGUCCCCGGCAGGAAAUUCUCAGCCUGUACGAGAUGCUGGCUGAUAACGACCGGGGGGACCCUUCAUUGGAGCUCAGCUACACGCUAGCUCCCAGCCUGAGAGCCACCAAGGUGCUCAGCUACGACUUGACGACCUGCAAACAGCAGCCAGCCCCCGUUACUCCUGCCGCCCCAGCGACUCCUGCCGCCCCAGUUAGUCUCCCUACCAAUUUCCCCCCAAUUCUGCGCAAUCCCAUCGACACAGUCAACGCCACGUUGGGGGAGCUGCUAGUCUACAAAGUGCAAGACGACACCUUCUACGAUCCCGAAGAUGUGGAUCCGCAGACCUUGAACAUCACUCUACUAACGGCGGAUCGCACGCCGAUUCCUGCCACUAGUUGGCUGCAGUUCGACAACAAAAAUCGCGAGUUCUACGGGAUCCCUCAAAAGGCGGGCAUUACGGAAUACUACCUGAUCUGCAUCGACUCUGGAGGGAUGGAGGGCAAGGAUAGUCUGAUUGUAGACGUGCGGCCUGCAGCCAAGCGGCCCUACAAUGUGGAGUUCAGCAUGACCAUCGGCCUGCCCUUUGAUACUUUCUCGAGUAACGCCGGGUUGCAGCGGAAGUUUGUGGAGAAGCUCAUGGAAAUCUUCAAAGAGCCCACGCCCGGCAACUUCCACUUCCGACCGUUUGUCGCUAAACGCGACUCCCACCUGGACUCCACCGUGGUCUACUGGUUCAACAAGUCGUUACCUGUAGACGUUUGUCCUCAUAAGGAAAUCAAACAGCUGGAGUAUCUGCUACAUAGCGACUCCCGAAGCAUUUCAAGCACCGUGCACCGGAUCAUGGGACCGGAGUUCACCAUAUCCACCAUCAAGGUUCACCACAUCGGCAACUGCAAAUCUAAGCCGCCGCCGGUUCUUCCGACUCCCGAAGUGCAGGCGCCGUCAGAGAAGACUCCUCAGCCGCAAGCAGACAACGACAUCAUGCUCACCCUGGUGCUUCCCAUCAUCAUCAUCUCCAUCAUGCUCUUUGUGGCCUUCGUGGCCGCCUGUCUCCUCUAUCGGAAGCGGAGAAUGGGCAAAAUGAACGUGGAGGAGGACGGGAGACAGUCAUACGGCAACAAAGGCAUCCCGGUGAUUUUCCAGGAGGAACUUGAGGAAAAGCCAGAGCCCGGGACCAAAGCGCCAGUUAUCCUCAAAGACGAGAAGCCGCCGCUAGCGCCGCCCGAGUACAGCAAAAGUGGCUCAGUGAAGCUGGAGGACUCAGAGCCGUAUCAGCCCCCACCACCGUUCACUCGCACUCAGGACAAUGGGCGGCAAAGCCGACCGAAACCUACCCCCACCUAUCGGAAGCCGCCGCCCUAUGUGCCCCCUUAACAAUUACACUUCACGUUCUUCAGCAAUAAUUCAGAGUGCCAGUAAAGAGCUGGCACCAUAAUCAAGGCAACUGUGAAUGGUAUCAAGAGACUUUACGUGAGUCCUCAAGGCUCUGAGAUGCCCGGGACUCAAUCUCUCAAAACUUCCUAAAAUCUCAUCUAGAUUGUCACCGAUCAAUCCAUAUAUACCAAAGCUUGAUUAGAUUUAUAUUUUUUUAUUGGUAAGUCAACGUGUAACGGUAGUCCUGUGUAAUCACUAACUGUCUCAUUUGUGUAAAGUAAUUUAUUGCUUGCUGAAAUCGAAGUCGUCGAUCAUUGCACGAUUUAAACCAACGAUGAUAUUGUUCAUAAUGUGAGUCAUUUUGAUAGCUAUUUAAGUCUAGACUGAUUAAACGCGGAAAAUCCAUAUCUCGAAUCAUAUCAAGAGACGUGCAAGCACAGUGAUUUGUUUGCAUUCAACCCUUGUAAAAAGUGUGUUAUUGCGCAUUUUCUCCAAACUGGGAGGGUUUGAACAUUUUUUUAAAUUGCCUGUUCUUCUUAAAGUGAGACGUUUUCUGUAAUUAAAAAACGAUAGAAAACCCUCUAAUUUAGGCACUAGAACAUUGCACACAAAAUUUCGCACACUGUAUAUCAACGGUUUUUUAAAAAGCAACUUGUACUUUGAGGGCAUUUUAACCCGAAAUGUAAAUACAUGUUAUUUCGUAUAAGCUUAUGUAGCCAUGUAUCCUUAUGUACUUUACCGAAGCUUCCUAAUCAACAGUAAUACAUAAUGAAAAUAAUACUUGUUUCGCGUUUCUUAUGUAAAUGACAAAUAACUAAUGUACUAGCGAUUGAGAUUUACGUUUAAGUUUUAUAUACAGUUUUAUACUUUAAUAUACAUUGAGGGUGAGUUGGGCUAAGGAAUUGUACUGGAUCACGCUCACUAAACUUUCUGGUGUAUAAUUGUUUAGAUCUAUCUGUCUUAUAUGGAAUUGCAGGUAGAAUAGUCCUAAGAACUAGAUUUCGUAGACGACUGUAUAAAAUAUAUACUUAAAUUGAA